GACGCCGAGUGGAGGUAGUCCAGGCAAAGCGUGAGGUCGCGGGAAGGGAAGGGGAAGGCAGAGGAGAGGGCAGGGCGGGACACAGUCCAGAGCACAAUGCUGUGAGGCAGGAGCCUCUGUGCGGAAGCCCUGCCUUAUGGGUCACGCCGGGACAAGCCAGCUGCACCUCGGGGAGGGGCAGCCUGGCCCUCCACACUUCUUUUUUGGUGCUAUGGGCUUAAAGCUCUUCUGAACCCCCUUAAUUUUUCUUCCUGUUACCUGCGGUGCACCACUCUUGGGUGCCUGAUCCACCUUUGGUCCUCAUGGGGAGGAAGGGGACAUGAAGAUCACCAAGGCAACCAGACCACAGUGCCAAACCCUGUUUAUUUUCUCCCAGCUGGGGUAAAUUUUUAAGCCAUCAAAAGAUUCAUAGUUGCCAGUGGAUGUCAAAAUUAAAAAUUGGAUAGAGUCCCAAUGUGGCAAGUUAUUGAUUUUGUAGUAUAGGCUAGUCAGGUCUCUGAGCCCCAAUUUCCUUAUCUGAAUACAAGGGCAGCAGUCAGGAGCCUUGAGUACCUGUUAGUCACCGCGUUUGGUCUCAACAGCUGCAGCUCCCAUCCUGAUCUGUCCAGGAUACUUCAGAUUCUGGGGACAGAGAAGAAAGAUGUGGUUUCAUUCUUUUUGGUCAUUUUCAGACACCUGCAACAAACAACGAAACGAUCAAUGAUAGCAACCAAAAUUGAGGGUUAAACUGUCAGCACAUGUAUAGCUUUAAAACUUCAAUAUAGGGAAAGGGGAGAGGAUGUCUGUCUCUUUUGUGUCCUUGAAUUCCGUGAUAAAGCCCUUUCAGUUGUCCCUCCUGGUUGCAUUUUGUUUUCUUUCUUGCUAUGACGCAGAAGGAAGCCCUUUCCUCCCCUCCAGCAGAGUUUUAAAAGCAUUACCUCAGAAUGCCAAAUACCUGGAGAGGAAGACUGAAAAUGUGGAGCAGGUGGAGGGAAUGGCUGAGGAGCCUAGAAGCUGCUGGCUGGCUGCACUGUCCUGUUUGAAAUUGGCUCAAAAGAUACGGAAUUAGUAGGCAAAGCUGCCUCCUCCUCCUCCUCUUACCUGCGGAGGAGAGAUCGGUUCCUGGCUGGCUGGGGCAGUGUCAUUGAUACAGCUGGUGUCAUUGUUACCUUCCACUAACAGAUCACUCGACACCUGUGGCCCAGGCAGGGCUGUGCCUGGGCAUUGUCCUGCAGAACUGGAAGCUUUGACCCUCCUCAUUGUCCCUGAACCCCAGGGGAAGCCAAGAUACAGGUGCUCCUGCGAUGCGGUGCUUGGUGACCCAACAGAAGGACUAGAUUGUUCCUGGUGCCUGCUUCCCCUUGUAGGGUUGCAGCUGCCUCUUGGCUUCCUGCUACCAACCCCUGUUGCUGUCCUGGGCAGAGGAGAUGAGUUUGUCGCUUCCUGGGAGCUGAGGCAGGGUAACGAAUGAUGCUACACAGAGAAGGGGCUCUUGGAGUGGCCUUGGAGUGAGAAGCUGGGCGAAGAGUAGCCUGUCUGGGUUUCCCUGUCUGGCUGCCCUUCUGGCGUGUGCAUCCAGGUGGCAUCAUGCUACAGCAGAUCCUGCACGACAUGUACAUUGACCCUGAGCUCCUCACUGAGCUCAGUGAUGUGCAGAAGCACAUCCUUUUCUACAAAAUGCGAGAGGAGCAGCUGAGGCGCUGGCGGGAGCACGAGGCUUGGGAGGCCCUGGCCGAGGCAGAGGGACUCAGGCCCCCGAAGGUCAAGCGAGCAGCAAGUGACAAGCACAUCCAAUGGCUCCUGGGGGCAGAUGGCGAGGUCUGGGUCUGGAUCAUGGGAGAAGGCCCUGGUGACAAGCCCUAUGAAGAGAUCUCUGAGGAGCUGAUUGCAGAGAGGGCACGGCUGCAGGCUCAGAGGGAGGCUGAGGAACUCUGGAGACAGAAGGAGGCAGAGAUCACCAACAAGUUCCGGGAUGCUCUGGCCAAUGAGAAAGCCCGAAUCCUGGCAGAGAGGUGGAAAGUGGAGAUGGAGGACCGGAAGGCUGCCAAAGUCCUGGAGGAGCGCAUUCAUGAGGAAUUUAAGAGGAAAGAGCAAGAGGAGAGGAAGCAAGGAGAAGAGCAGAUUCGUCUACAGGAGGAGCAGAGGGCAAAGGAACUCUACUGGACACUGAAGCAGGCCCAGCUACAGAGCCAAGCAAGUGAGAAGGAGGAACAAGAGUGGGAAGAACAGUUGCGUCGGUCCAAGGCAGCUGAUGAGGAAAGAAGCCGCCGAGCCCAGCGGGCCCGAGAUGAGUACCGACGCCUUUCACUCCGUGCCAUCCAGAAGGGCACUGUCGCUGGCCUCAGCUUCAUGUUCCGAGAGCUUGGCCAGAGCCAUGAGCAGGAGGCCAGACUCUACCACCACUUCCCAGGCCCCGGUCCACCACUACCCCUUGCAAUGCCUGUCAGCAGGACUUGGGAGCGCCCAUUGCGACCCAUCUCCAGAGAAGUCAUAGUCCGCUGGUUUAAGGAGGAACAGCUGCCUCGCCAAGCUGGCUUUGAGAGGAACACCAAAUCCAUCGCUCCCUGGUUCCAUGGAAUUAUUAGCCGAGAAGAUGCAGAAGGUCUCCUUGAGAACAUGACUGAGGGAGCAUUUCUGGUGCGGAUCAGUGAGAAAAUCUGGGGAUACACCUUGUCCUAUCGCCUGCAGAAAGGGUUCAAGCACUUUCUUGUGGAUGCCUCUGGGGAUUUUUACAGCUUCCUGGGAGUGGACCCCAAUCGCCAUGCCACACUCACCGAUCUCAUUGAUUUCCACAAGGAGGAAAUUAUCACUGUUUCAGGGGGAGAGUUGCUGCAGGAACCCUGUGGACAGAGGGACAGCCCACCAGACUACCAUCUGCUGUUUGAAUAACUGUUUUCCCCUCAUCAAUUGGAUUCUUUUGGGCAUCCUUUUUUUUUUUUUUUUUGAACUCAAGAACUUCUCAGCUCAAAUCCUUAUGGCCUUCUGGAAGAUGCACCACCAUUCAGAGGAUUAAAUACAUUUGAAUGUCUCAAGAGAUAUGAAAUAUAUGGCAUAUAUGCUACUGGUCCUUGUCCCAGUGCCCAGGAAAGAAAUUGCCAAUUGUUGACGCAAAUCUUUCAUGAAGAAUUUAGAUAUGACCUCAGAAGAUGAAGCCUAUUUGUCACAACUGCUCUAGACUCAGCCCCUAGAGACCAUGGAUCAUGAUUUUAUAAUCCAAAGUAAUCCCAGUGCCUAGCUCUGAAUUUAAC